AUGGGUUCUCAGGCAAGAUACAACAUGUUUAAGAUAUUCAACCCUGAGGGCUGUGUGAAGCAGCUGGAUUUCAUUCAGCAAACUACAGAGCUUGGAAAUACGGUUGUUGGGCUUAGAAACAAAAAGGUUGGUAUCUUGAUAGCUCAUAAUGAGAAGAGGUCAAGACUUGCCGAUGCUCAAAAAAAAGUGUUUUCUAUCGACAAGAGGUCUCUGUUUACGUUUUCCGGAAUUACUAAUGAUGGGGAGCAGAUUGUGGAUUACUUGAUCGAUAAAAGCAUCAGAGAGGAGAUCAUUAAGGGAAGACCAACACAUUUUCUAGAUGUGUUUGAGGAUUUGUUAAGGGAUACAUUUGAAAGAACAAUAGUUGAUGGAAGAAGGCUCUAUGGGGUUUCUGGACUUUAUAUGACAGAGUACGAAGGAAUAAGGUUGGUUGAAUUUAAUCCAAAAGGGUAUGCCCGGGAGGUUAAUGGAAUGAGCAUAGGAUGCAGGUCGCAAUCGUCUAGGACUGUACUAGAAGCAUACUGUGAGAAAUAUGAGAACAUGAACACUGAGGAGCUUGUAAGAGUUGGGAUUAUGGCUUUAAAGAAUGCUCACCCAGAAGACGAUGCUUUGACCAGUGAAAACGUCGAGAUAUGGGUUCUUGAGGUUGGAAAGGCUGUACACAAUAUUGAUGCUGGGGUGUUUUUGAAUUAA